CGAAAACAUGGUGUUUGCAUACACUGGUACCGACGAAACACUGCGCGGAUGGCUACUGCGGUUGACAAAAAGCCCCGUAGGCAAGUGCACCGACAUGCCUGAGCACCAGCAGCUCCACUACAAGCAAGAUAGCAUCGGGUACACAAGGCAGGUAAUCGGCAGUUUGAUCGGCAGCGAGUAUAUUCUCCCGCAGCGUCUAGUAUCGGUAACCAAGGAGUUCAUAACGGCGCUGGGAGGGCUGGCGGAGGACUCACGGCCUAGCCACCGCAAACACCGGCAGAUCGAUGCAGGGCAGCGCAUUGCAGUAGUUACACCAAACAUGAUCGGACCCGGCAUACUUACAGUGGAGGUGAAGCCCAAAUGGGGGUAUUUGCCUGACGCCGAGCAGAUUUCGGCGGCGACGCAGGUAAAACGCACAGUUUGCCGGUACUGCAUGCACCAGCGGCUGAAGCACACAGAGCGCAUUAGCGGGUUCUGCCCACUGGACCUGUAUUCAACCGACCAGCAGCGCGUACUGCAGGCGCUCAGGCAUCUAGCCGAGUCACCACAAAACAACCUGCGUGUGUUCGCCGAUGGCCGGCAAAUCGAGCUUUCCAACGGCAAAACAGUCGACUGGAAAAAGACUAGCAAGGAGAUAGCGCGGGUUUUGGAGCACGAGGGGCUUCUUUUGCGGCUCAAGCAGCUGCAGCAGAGGCUGGACCGGUUCGACAUUGAGGGCGUGUUUCCGAUGUACCAGCGAGCACAAAGCGAUGGCAUAUUUGUGAGCGGGCAGCCGGACAUUGGCGACUGGGUUGAGGCAGAGCGGCGGUUUUUGGCACGUGCGGAUGCCGACGUGUGUUCGGACAAACAGGCAGUUCUGGAGUUCCUGCUGGCAACGACGCUGAAGGACAUUUCGGUUCUGAUCCAGCUGGCUUCAUCGGAUGCUGCUGCAGACCAGCCCGGGGCAGGCGCUGUGCCGUGGAAGACGGCUUCUGUUGCUGGACAGCACGUGCGGUACCGCAUGGUGAUCAUCGACGCCGACCCAAAGAAGCUCUCCAAGCUGCCCGAUUACCUGGCAAAGGACCAGGAGAUUGUGUUAAAUUACCUGCAAGUAGGUGAGGACAGAAGAUGCGUUGAAUAAAAGA